GUUGGGAGCCAGCCCAUAACGCUCCAGAAGCUUUAGGUCUCCAGUGAUGCUCAUGUCCAACAGUGGGUUGCCCAUGCCGAGAAGAAUUCCUUCGCUGAUCUUACCGGUGGACGCCAUGAAAUGCUUGCCCUGAGAGUCAAAGAAGAAAGAAAUUGUUAGCAAAAAUGCACGAGUGAAAUGCCUAAUGACAUGGAGGUUUACACAAGUCUUACAGAUUAUAUUAAACAAUUGUACAAGACUUUAGGUUUUAUCUCUGCAAACCUACACAUGAUCAAAAGAUUACAAUCAGAUAUCAAAUGAUCCCUUCAAAUAGUUCUACCCAACAAAAUAUUGAUGAUCAAUGGCAUCAAUAAACAAGUGAAAUUGGUUUGAUUUGUUUGAAAUAAACUUGAUCAUAAUACAACUAGUAGCACUGGACACACUACUUAAGUAGCACUAGCCCCACUGCUUUAGUAGCACUAGGCCCACUGCUUUAGUAGCACUAGGCCCACUACUUAAGUAGCACUAGCCCCACUGCUUUAGUAGCACUAGGCCCACUGCUUUAGUAGCACUAUGCCCACUACUUAAGUAGCACUAGGCCCACUGCUUUAGUAGCACUAUGCCCACUACUUAAGUAGCACUUGGCCCACUGCUUUAGUAGCAUUUGGCUCACUGCUUUAGUAGCACUAGGCCCACUGCUUAAUGUAGGAAUGCUUUCAGAGAACAAAACAAUGUCACCCAAUGCAGAGUAAAAGCACACACAGUCAUGUCAGAUACAAGCUGGGGUUAGGGGUGCAUGAGGCAGGGGUGUCGGGGUGCAUGAGACAGGGGUGUCGGGGUCCAUGAGGCAGGGGUGUCGGGGUGCAUGAGGCAAUGUCGGGGGUGCAUGAGGCAGUGUCGGAGGGUGCAUGAGGCAGGAAGACCUAGCCAAUAGAAAGCUGUCAAAGACAAGCAGCCAACAGACAGCUGUCAAAGACAAGCAGCCAACAGACAGCUGUCAAAGACAAGCAGCCAACAGACAGCUGUCAGAGACAAGCAGCCAACAGACAGCCGUGGGUAUGUCAGUGGGUGGGAGGGGCACUAAUAUACCAACCAACCAAAUGUAUUGGGAAACUAAGCCCACGUUUUGUGGCUCACACGUUUCAUUCCUUUAAAACGGGGUGGGCAAACUACAACCCGCGGGGCCAAAUGAAGCUCUCCUCGCCUUGAAAAAGAAAUGACACACAAUGCAAAUAAUGCAUUGUUUCAAAGCUUCGAUGACACACAAUGCAAAUAAUGCAUUGUUUCAAAGCUUCCAUGACACACUCCAUUCACUAUAAGAAACCGUGUAAAGUCGUUAUUGUUGCGUUACAAUCACUGGUUCCUUGUUUGAGAUCAAUUCCAGCUACAUACUCGAAUAAAGUCCUUAUCAUAAUCAAUUACACCCCCCCCCCCAAUUCUUUUCAUCAGGGGCCGCCCAUAAAGUACGUCACGCUCAAGACGGGGGCGGGGGUGUAAGAAAGUGUGACAGUUUGUGAGAGGGGGGUCAGGCCAUGUGUGACGUCACAUAUUUUUUAAUAAUUUUAUUUCUAAUUAUUUAUUACUUUUUUAGUGGAAUUUAAUAGCUUUAAAAAUACUUUUUUUCAAAAAUUGUGUGUAUCAUUAGUCAAAAUAGCAUGAAAUGCGUAUCUCCUUAAUGUGUUGUUCACGAUUCUUCUCGCUAGGAGCGCUAGUCUGCUGUUGCGAAGCAUUGCUUUCGUUAUGCCUGAAGUAUUAUUAUUUCUAUGUUGUCCGCUGCAUAAUUAUGUCACUGUCCUUUUUAUUAUUUAAUCACUGGGUGAGGUCAAGUUUCGCUAAUCUACUUCUAAUCCUGUGUAAAAAGAUUGCAUAAUCAGAAAUUAUAUAAAACUUGACCUCACCUAUUGUAAAUGAAAAAGCAGCAGAUAAAUGAUGUGUAUUAUAUUAUUUAUCUAAUUGUCUAGUCUAAUUUUUGCAAUUUUUGUUUUCAAAUUCAAUCUAGAUUGAGUUAUUGCUUCAAUGAAUAACUGUGACAACUGUUGACAAUUAACUAUUCUACUAUUAAAGUCAUUUUUAUAAUGUGAUAGUUCUUUUAAGUGGAAAUUUUAUAUUUUAAUACAGUUUAAUAGUGAAGUGUGUUUUAGAUUAAAUUUUAAUUAGGUGUUAAUUUUUUUAAAAAAAUUCUUCGAAAGUGUGACGUACUUUAGGGGGGGUGGGGGUGGGUCAGAGAUUUGUGACAGAAUGUGACAGGUGGGGGGGGGGGGCUAAAAAUUGACCAAAAAUGCGUGACGCACUUUAUGGACGGCCCCUCACCAGUUUCUUCGAAAGUGUGACGUACUUUAGGGGGGGUGGGGGUGGGUCAGAGAUUUGUGACAGAAUGUGACAGGUGGGGGGGGGGGGCUAAAAAUGGUCCAAAAAUGCGUGACGUACUUUAUGGACGGCCCCUCACCAGGACUUAUCUAAACCAUGAAACAACGUCCCCAGUUCACGGCAAAGAUUGUUGUCCAUUUUGUUACUGCUGCUGGUCGAUGUGUGGGCGGUGUCGAUGUUAAUAACAUACCCUGGUGUAUACAUCGCACCUGGCAGUUAAAACAGGGGAAGAAGAAGACAUGACACCUGGCGGUUUAAAAAGACCCCCCCCCCCCAAAAAAAAAAAAAAAAAAAAAAAAAAAAAAAAAAAAAAAAAAAAAAAAAAAAAAAAAAAAAAAAAAACAAAAAAAAAAAAAAAAAAAAAAAAAAAAAAACCCCCCCCCCCCCAAAAAAAAAACAAAACAAAAAAAACAAUAAAAACAAAAAAAACAACAAAAACAACAACAACAAGCAUCUUGAAUGAAGAAAAAAAAAACAAAAAACUUUCUAUCAAAGACGAGCUUCACAGAACAUAAGUAAAAGACUUUAUUUUUUAUUCUCACCCUGUUAAAUAGAAAUAUUGGGAGGAACAAAAUAGGCGAACUUGUGUGGAGGAGUAGAACUAAAUUGGUCAAGUAGGGCGGUAGUCAAUGAAAGGAUGGGAUUUCAGAUAGAUGCCGAACUCAUUUCGGUUUCAGCGCCGAACGUUGCCGUAUGAUCAUUUUGGAUCAAAACAGAACAAGUCAAUUUUCGGUUGAUUUUCGGUCAAAAGUAAUUUAAGCUUUCGCUGGUCUACGAGAUUUCAGGCUGUCACAGCUGCAUGAAUGAUGACCUAUUUGUCCAAUAUUUCAACCAAAUUAAAUUUAAAUUAGGCUAAGGAAAAGGUAAAUAGUAAUGUUUUGUGGGGAAAAAAAUCUAGGGGAAUGUUAAUACUUACAUUAUUUUUUGUUAAAAUAUAAUAAUUUGGGAACCCUAUGCCCCAAGUUUAUUUAAUGAAUUUAUUCAUUGACAUUCAUCUUUAUCAUGCCAUUGACAAUAAAUAAAUAAAAAAAAACACACACAUGGUUAAUCACAUGCAUGAGUAUAGACACACAUGUAAAGAAAGAGAAUAAUGAACCUUGUGCAAUCAUAAAAAUAGAUCAUUUUUAUUUGAAUCGGGUAUACUUAAGCCUUUAAUUUUAAUCAUAAGCCUACACACAUACCGGUAUGUGCCUGUGUCAAGUAUCAAUUUCCUAAUAAUUAUGUAGUAGGCCUACUGCUCAAUCUGGGUCAUAUCUAAAAUUAGAAGCCCAACCAAUGGUAAAUGCGGAUAAACGAAAAGUUAAAAUGUCGACCAAUAAGAACGCUUGUCUCAGCGAACAUGUGUGGGGUCAGGGACUUUAUCACAACAAAGAGUCGGAUAUUAUAUUUUGAUAUAGUUGUUAACGGCAAUGCGUGAAUGCAGUUGUAUAGAAUGCCUAGAAAUUACAUAGAAUGCCUGCAGUUUUUAGGGAAAGUAUGAAAUAUUUGAUUUUAUGUUACAUCUUUGCCUAGGCAUUUUAUACAAUGCCUAGGUAUUAUUAUGAAAAAUAGACUUCAGGAAAAGUUUCAAAAGAUCGGAAUGAAAACGUUUUUAUUUUUAUUGUAAAAAGCACAUUUGAAAACGAAAGAAGAAAUAUGAAAUAAGUAAAGGGCUUUCUGAACAACGAGCCCGGAAAGCUAAGGUGGCAUCGAGCUACUUGGUGCAGCUAGUCAGGCAAGCUAAGGUGGCAUCGAGCUACUUGGUGCAGCUAGUCAGGCAAGCUAAGGUGGCAUCGAGCUACUUGGUGCAGCUAGUCAGGCAAGCUAAGGUGGCAUCGAGCUACUUGGUGCAGCUAGUCAGGCAAGCUAAGGUGGCAUCGAGCUACUUGGUGCAGCUAGUCAGGCAAGCUAAGGUGGCAUCGAGCUACUUGGUGCAGCUAGUCAGGCAAGCAAAGGUGGCAUCGAGCUACUUGGUGCAGCUAGUCAGGCAAGCAAAGGUGGCAUCGAGCUGCUUGGUGCAGCUAGUCAGGCAAGCAAAGGUGGCAUCGAGCUGCUUGGUGCAGCUAGACAAUGCCGGAUGUCCCUCAUUGCCGGCACCACAGUAACUAAAAGUAGCCCAGCGUUAGGAGAAAGCUCAAAGAGCCGUAGGUUUCUGACCCGAGGGCAACAGAACAGUUCAUUCUAGGUUUAUGAUUGUGUCUAGUCAUUUUAGUGGACGAUACCAUUAACAAUAAAUUCAAUAGAUCGGCUAAGUUUUCGAUCGAUGCCAAAUACGUCUCAGUAGCCUUGUAAUUAAUUUUUAAAAAUAAAUUAUUAAAGCAAAGGGCGCCCAAUAGUCUAUUUUGCAUGACUUUUGCGCCCCCCCCCCCCACGGUCAAAAUUUUCUCUUACCAUUAUACUUUACAAUACAUUUUUAAAAACUUUAAAAUAAUCUUUAAUGCAAAUGGUAGUUGCCAAAGUAUUCAUUAGAUGUGUACCGGUAUCUAACAGAAUUCACGAUACCGGAUAUUCUCAGUUUUAAUUUAAACAAUUAUAUAUCGAAGUGGCCAUUCGUUCCCGGGUACGAGAAGUGAGAGGUUGGGAUUAAAAAACUAUUGGUAUUGGUACCCGGGUGCGAAUGGCGGCGCUGCGUGUAUGGGUCCAUUUUGACUCCAUGCUAUUCGGAUGUCAUUUGUGGUCGUUUAUUUUAGCUAAACUGAAGAAGUAAGUUUACAAACAUAUAGUCCAUUCAAUUAUCUCUCUUUUGAUACUUCAUUUUGUCUUACAAACCCAACAAUAAUAUUUUAAAUAGUUUUUUAAUCCCAACCUCUCACUUUUGGUACCCGGGUACGAAUAGUCGCAGCCAUAUAUAAACAUGGAUAUGUUGCCCCGUGGACCUCCUUAACAACCAAAGUUAUGAAUCACUAUGAAAUACACCCAUCUGUCUCGUUAAGCUUUGGAUUUCGGCUUCGGUCUCAAGACAUUUGUAACUUUCGCGGUUUGCUUUCGUUCCAGACCAGAAACAACACAUUCCGCCUGUCUCUAAUGUGAGAGCUAUUUUCUUUUCACGGCAUGAAAUAACAAGCUUGCUGCAGGUCAAUAUGGCAGCUGAAAUAACAUAGCACUCCUCGGCGGAACAAAUGGAAUCAGUUAACUUAAAAUGUAUUAAAAAAAACAAACAAAUAAAAACAACUUCCAGAAGUUAGGAUUGAAUAAAGUUAAACUUUAAAAUAUUAUCUUUAACUGCAACCAUUGUAAUUUUAUGCAUAUAAUUUUAAGUGCAGUUAGUUUUCUGCCUAAGUUCAAUAAGAGUAACUACUCCCCACAGUGGCGUAGCUAGUAGUGACGCCCGGGGCGGGCCACCUUUCUACUACAAAAAAACUCCACAGUUGGUCGAAAAUGCCGCCUCUCCGUAUAAAGAAGAAAGAAAAAAGUACCGCCAGGCCCCCCUCCCCCCCCACCCCCCUUUCUACGCCCCUAAUUACUCGUGUGAGUUAAUGGUUUGCACCAGGUCCGCUAGAGGUCGCGUCCUGUCGCAUUGGAAUGAAAGUGGAUAUAAAAUUAAGAAAAUUAUGUAAUUUUUCCCUACACCAUUGUAGCGAAGAACCGGCGUCUGGAGUUUGGGAACCACUGUGCUACGCCAAACAGAUAGCGGAGAAAAGCCAUGGCAUUUUAACCUUGUAGUAGGGUGACUUCAUUUUUAUUGCCGUUGUGCGUUAUAAUUGCCUAUAAAUAAUAAAUAGAAACCGGUGGUUGCCAUUUCUAGCCAUUCUUACAUCAAAACAUUGGUUAAGUGCAUCCAAGUAAAGUUGUCUUGUUACCCACCGAACCGGGCCUUACCCUAUAGCCUGACAACUGACGUCAACUGACCCACUUCAGGCCAGGAAUGCUGGUGACCUCAUUGUCAAACCAGGUGAAAGACAACUUGCGUCACAGAUUACUGGUCGCUACCAACACACCUGGUUACUGGGAGGGUAUCGGUUGUUAAGGUGGGAUAUGGGGUCGAUUGUUGUGUGUUUGGCCAUUUUGGUGGUUUGAUGAAUAACAGACAAGGAAACAGGAAGUCGUUGAGACCAAGGUCAGACCUAACCUCCAACCCACACCCCAAGCCGUUGAGACCAAGGUCAGACCUAACCUCCAACCCACACCCCAAGCCGUUGAGACCAAGGUCAGACCUAACCUCCAACCCGCACCCCAAGCCGUUGAGACCAAGGUCAGACCUAACCUCCAACCCGCACCCCAAGCCGUUGAGACCAAGGUCAGACCUAACCUCCAACCCGCACCCCAAGCCGUUGAGACCAAGGUCAGACCUAACCUCCAACCCGCACCCCAAGCCGUUGAGACCAAGGUCAGACCUAACCUCCAACCCGCACCCCAAGCCGUUGAGACCAAGGUCAGACCUAACCUCCAACCCGCACCCCAAGCCGUUGAGACCAAGGUCAGACCUAACCUCCAACCCGCACCCCAAGCCGUUGAGACCAAGGUCAGACCUAACCUCCAACCCGCACCCCAAGCCGUUGAGACCAAGGUCAGACCUAACCUCCAACCCGCACCCCAAGCCGUUGAGACCAAGGUCAGACCUAACCUCCAACCCGCACCCCAAGCCGUUGAGACCAAGGUCAGAUCUAACCUCCUACCCGCACCCCAAGCCGUUGAGACCAAGGUCAGAUCUAACCUCCAACCCACACUCAAGCCGUUGAGACUAAGGUCAGACCUCACAACAAAUUAUAUACAAGUUCAAUGUAUGAAUGCUAUACCCAGGUCUGACCUGUUUAUUAGAAGUUGACUAACACCAGCCGUGUAAGUCACAGUAAGUCAUCGGAGAGGUAGAUGAGAUAGUCACAAGUCGUCAGAAACACACUGACUUAAAUAAAGUUUAAGAGGUGAUAUCAUUUUACACUAACACGUCACGGUUGGUAGCUAGAGAUUGGCUCAGUUGUGCACUAACACGUCACGGUCGGUAGCUAGAGAUUGGCUCAGUUGUGCACUAACACGUCACGGUUGGUAGCUAGAGAUUGGCUCAGUUGUGCACUAACACGUCACGGUUGGUAGCUAGAGAUUGGCUCAGUUGUGCACUAACGCGUCACGGUUGGUAGCUAGAGAUUGGCUCAGUUGUGCACUAACACGUCACGGUUGGUAGCUAGAGAUUGGCUCAGUUGUGCACUAACACGUCACGGUUGGUAGCUAGAGAUUGGCUCAGUUGUGCACUAACACGUCACGGUUGGUAGCUAGAGAUUGGCUCAGUUGUGCACUAACACGUCACGGUCGGUAGCUAGAGAUUGGUUUAGUUGUGGACAGUCUGGUCUCGUUGUCAGCAACUAAUGGAAUAUAUCUUCCUUGUCACCAACUAUUCUACAUGUUUCCCAACUAUUCUACGUGUGUCCCAACUAUUCUACGUGUGUCCCAACUAUUCUACUUGUGUCCCAACUAUUCUACGUGUGUCCCAACUAUUCUACGUUUGUACCAACUAUUCUACGUGUGUCCCAACUAUUCUACGUGUGUCCCAACUAUUCUACGUGUGUCCUAACUAUUCUACAUGUUUCCCAACAAUUAUACGUGUGUCCCAACUAUUAUACGUGUGUCCCAACUAUUCUACAUGUGUCCCAACUAUUCUACAUGUGUCCCAACUAUUCUACAUGUGUCCCAAAUAUUCUACGUGUGUCCCAACUAUUCUACGUGUGUCCGAACAAUUCGGUUUCGGCCGAAAGAGAAAAGUUAACUUUCUUUUUUUUUUUGGUUUCGGCGGCUGAAAUUGACUUAGACUUUUGGCCAUCUGGCCGAAAGUGAUUGAGAUUUUCGGUCAUCAGCCAAAACUAAGCGAAAGCGAUAUUUAACAACAAAACUAGGCGAGAUUUAAGAAUAAACUAAACGAUCUUUAAAGAACAAAUUAAGUGAUCUUUAAGAACAAAUUAAGUGAUCUUUAAAAACAAAUAAAGCGAUCUUUAAGAAAAAAUUAAGCGAUCUUUGAGAACAAAUUAAACGAUAUUUAACAACAAACUAAGCAACAUUUAAGAAAAAACUAAACGAUCUUUAAAACAAACUAAGCGAUCUUUACUAAAAACGAAAUAAUCUUAAAGAAGAAACUAAGCGAUUUUUAAGAACAAACUAAAUGAUCUUUAAGAACGAAACAAAUGAUCUUUGAUAGUAAACUAAACGAUUUAUAAGAAUAAACUCAGCGAUCUUAAACAGAAAACUAAACGUUCUUUAGGAACAAACUGAAUGAUCUUUAAGAACAAACUAAGCGAUCUUUAUGAACAAACUAACCGAUCUUUAAGAACAAACUAAAUGAUCCUUAACAACAAGAUUUUAUAUUAGACGUUUAUUUAUUAAUAUUCACGAUUAUCUCAUUUUUUUAUUUAAAAAAUGUAAAUAUUUAUACUUUACCCCAUCAUUUUCGAUGUAUGCAGAAUGUAUACAGAACGAAUUUCAAAAUAUCUAAAUAUUUCAUUUUCGGUUUGCGGCUUCAGUUUUGGCCGAAAGUCAUUUUUAACUUUCAGCAUUUUUUUGGUUUCGGCCGAAAGUCAUUUUAAACUUCGGCUUCGGCCGAAAUCAGAAAAUCCAUUUCGCUCGGUCUCUAGUCCCAACUAUUCUAAAUGUGUCCCAACUAUUCUACAUGUGUCCCAACUAUUCUACAUGUGUCCCAACUAUUCUACGUGUGUCCCAACAAUUCUACGUGUGUCCCAACAAUUCUACGUGUGUCCCAACUAUUCUAAAUGUUUCCCAACUAUUCUAAAUGUGUCCCAACUAUUCUAAAUGUGUCCCAACUAUUCUACGUGUGUCCCAACAAUUCUACGUGUGUCCCAACUAUUCCACGUGUGUCCCAACUAUUCCACGUGUGUCCCAACUAUUCCACGUGUGUCCCAACUAUUCCACGUGUGUCCCAACUAUUCCACGUGUGUCCCAACUAUUCCACGUGUGUCCCAACUAUUCUACGUGUGUCCCAACUAUUCUACGUGUGUCCCAACAAUUCUACGUGUGUCCCAACAAUUCUACGUGUGUCCCAACUAUUCUACGUGUGUCCCAACUAUUCUACGUGUGUCCCAACUAUUCUACGUGUGUCCCAACUAUUCUACGUGUGUCCCAACUAUUCUACGUGUGUCCCAACUAUUCUACGUGUGUCCCAACUAUUCUACGUGUGUCCCAACUAUUCUAUGUGUGUCCCAACUAUUCUACGUGUGUCCCAACAAUUCUACGUGUGUCCCAACAAUUCUACGUGUGUCCCAACAAUUCUACGUGUGUCCGAACUAUUCUAUGUGUGUCCCAACAAUUCUACUUGUGUCCCAACUAUUCUACGUGUGUCCCAACUAUUCUACGUGUGUUCCAACUAUUCUACAUGUGUUCCAACUAUUCCAUGUGUGUCCCAACUAUUCUACGUGUGUCCCAACAAUUCUACGUGUGUCUCAACAAUUCUACUUGUGUCCCAACAAUUCUACGCGUGUCCCAACUAUUCUACGUGUGUCCCAACUAUUCCAUGUGUGUCCCAUUAAAUAUCACUUUAUAUAUUCAUUUAACAACUACUCUAUAUGUCCCAACUUACCAACCCCUAUAUGUCCCAACUAACAACCACUAUAUGUCCCAACUUACCAACCACUAUAUGUCCCAACUUACCAACCACUAUAUUAUGUCCCAACUUACCAACCACUCAUAUUUGUCCAACAUACCGGUACCAACAAUUCUAUAUGUCCAACUUCAAUAUUAUACUAUUAUUGCCAUACGAAGGUGUAAGGACCAGAGAACCAAAGGAUCCACGUCCAUGAAACCAGCAGGCCAAUGAAUGCAAUGGUGAAACACAACAGGAACUCUGGACUCUAAUGUACGGUGGUCUCAAUUAUUUCACGCGAGCAGAUAUUCUAUAAAGCACGAUAGGCAAAGGGUUUCAGAGUGGCAAGAUAACAUAAACAAGACAAACAGAGGUUUAUGAGUGUAACAAACACAUGAUUUUAAGUGUGUCACAAACACAGAUUUCAGUGUGUAACAAAUACAUUGACAUAACACAAAGACUUCAUUAUGUAACCCAGACAGAGACUUAGGUGAGUAAGAAAAUACAGAAACCUUGUGCAACGAAUUGACUAACAUGUCAUUAUCAAGAAAGAACCACUGAAUCCAAGUGAAGUGAAAUAAAGCAACAUACCUUAGAGUGCUUCCUGAUGUACACGAAGUUGGCUGGUUCCAGGCUACAAGGCAGGUCAAGUUGUUGAUUCCACUCAGGUAAGCAGGUAUAAUAUCUAUGUGGUGCCAGGUGAGUUUUCUUCCAUCCUGUGGUGCUGGGGGUGCUGCUGGCUGAUGGUAGUCCAUGACACCCACCACUACUGCAUAUGCCCGCGCGGCUGCCUUAAUUCGUUUCGCAAAGGCAAUAUUUUAAAAAAAAAAGAGAGAAACUUCCAAACCCCUGGCUUUCUCGUGACGAUCUGCAGUGUGACAAACGACGAUCAGGUAAGGAGCUAAGACCGUGACGUGGUGUGCUUCGACCACAUCGAAGCUGAUCUCUUUAAUAGUGCAUUGUUGGACGCCAUCCACAGGUCAAGCACACAGCACAUCAUAGCCCAGACCAUGGACGAGCCAAAAAAUAGAUUCUAUUUAAGAUAUUUACACAAUUUUUUUAACAACUGAAAACAACAAAAAAAACAAAACAAACGGCAACUUUGUAAUCCUGUGUGACUGAAUGUCGACUAUUGAAAGUAUAUUAGGUUGGGUGAUCUCGUCCUGGGCUCAUUGAAGUGGUGUAGACAUCAAACAAGGAUCCAAUACAACAUUUCACUGCCACAUUCGUUCUGCUCUCCAAAACAAAGUCCCGUCUCCUAGUUUUUAGUCCUUAGUCAACACAGGGAAAUCUGUGAGGCUAACCCACACCCAUCAGGGGAAACAUCCUGACGGAGCAUUCACUCGGCACCGACCACUCCGUGCACUGUAACGGACUCAGACGACUCAAAGUAUCCCAUGUGUCUCCACAAAAUAAAACAGAGGAGUACAAAUGUCGGGAUCAGAGAGAGAGGGUGAGGGGGAGGGGGGGGGGAGCCUUCGUUGAAAAGAGGGCGGUCUGCCACGAGACCCAGUAACCGACUUACGGUGGUGACCUCAUUUCGCUGUGAAGUGGGCUAGUGAUGAGGACACGGGGCGGGAAACUGGUGCAGGAGAGCUGAUCGAUUGACCUACUUACCGACUUCUGCUAGCAAAAUCACUUGUGUACCAAUACGAGGCUGGAUGCUACCGGACACGACCAAGUUCAUGGAAUAUGACAUGGCGUUAAUUUAAAUCGGAUGUUAAGUCAAAUGACAACCCAGUUGGGCUUCAAUCUAUUAUGAUCAAAACUUGGGACCAGAUGACAUUUGAACACAAUUCUAAAUGAAUGACAACUGAACUGAUUGUGUUUAGAAAAUAAUGUGCUAUUAUCUGUCUAUAAUUAUAAUAGUCUAUACUCAAAUAAAUCUUACACUUAUUUUUAUAUGAUGACAACAAGCCAUCGGCUUUCUGAAACUGACCGUCCUGAAUUUUAAACCAGUCGUCCUUCUAUUUAGACCAGCCGUCAUUACAUUUAAAUCAACCAGACGUCCUUGCAUUUCAACCAGCUGUUCUUACAUUUAAACCAACCACUCUUACAUUUAAACCGGUUGUCCUUACUUCCGCUCUUACAUUUAAACCAUCUGUCCUUACAUUUAAAUAAACCGCUCUUACAUUUAAACCAUCUGUCCUUACAUUUAAAUAAACCGCUCUUACAUUUAAACCAGCUUUCCUUGCAUUUAAACCAACCGUCAUUACAUUUAAACAUGCUGUCCUUACAUUUAAACCAGCUGUCCUUACAUUUAAUCCAACCGCCAUUCCCUUUAAACCAACCACCCCUACAUUUAAACCAGCCAUCCUUACAUUUAAACCCCUCUUCCUUACAUUUCAACCAGCUGUCCUUACAUUUCAACCAGCCAUCCUUAUAUUUAAAUAUUAAACCAACCGCUCUUACAUUUAAACCAGCUGUCCUUACAUUUAAAUCAACCGCCUUUACGUUUAAACCAGCUUUCCUUACAUUUAAACCAGCUUUCCUUACAUUUAAACCAGCUUUCCUUACAUUUAAACCAGCCACCCUUACAUUUAAAACAACCACCCUUAUGUUUAAACCAACAACCCUUACAAGUAAACCAACCUCCUUUACAUUUAAAGCAUCAACCAGCCGUCCUUACAUUUAAACCAGCUGUCCUUACAUUUAAACCAACCGACCGUACACUUAAACCAGCAGUCCUUACACUUAAACCAGCCGUCCUUACAUUUAAACCAGCUGUCCUUACAUUUAAACCAGCCGUCCUUACAUUUACAUCAACCUGUUGUCCUUACAUUUAAACCAGCCGUCCUUACAUAACAAACAAAUCUUUUUCCAGUGGCGUAGACACCAAAACAUCACGUAAUCCAUGUAGCGUAUCCACAAAACAAUUUCUUCCCUAUCUUUACACGUCUCAGAAAUACGUGUGCCCAUCUCUGGAUUCAAUCGGCCGACCAGUCAACUACAUCUCUGCACCAUUGCAUGCACCACAACAUACACCUCUUAUAAGUCUAUACGGCCUAUGACUAUGAUCAUAUAUGACAACUCCCCAUCCACACAUUCAGACUGUGCCACCACAUUACGCUCGUACCACCACAUUCUGACUGUACCCCUACCAACACAUUCGACUGCACCACCACAUUCAGACUGCAGCACCACCACCACAUUCAGACUGCAGCACCACCACCACACUGGGAGCGCCCAUUUGCCGGCUCGUGUACCAUGUACUUUAUGACCGAAUGCACAAAAAAGUAAAUGGCUGUGCAGAAUUGAUUUCUGUAACUGGGUUAAUGUGACCCACAUAUUUGUUCCUACAGUCGCCAGCAGUUUUACGCUCCGUCGGCUGAUCUCGCGUCUGUGUAGUGUGGCGACUACGAGAGUCAGUACAGUUAAAGUACUAUUUAUAGACCUUGUCUUAUUAUUUCCUAAUACCUACUCAUAAGAUAUAAACUCAUUCUAUAAUGGGAUGGCUGUUAGUUAUUGAGUCCCUUUGACUGUAGAUGCUGUAGGCCAGCGGUUAUCAACCUGGGGGUCGCACCACCCUUACACAGGGGUCGCCUAAGACCUUCGGAAAACACAUAUUUAUGAGGCAGCAACGGAAAAAAAAUGAUGACCGGGGGGGGGGUGUCACCAGAAAAUGAGGAACUGUAUUAAAGGGUCGCGACAUUAGGAAGGUUGAGAACCACUGCUUUAAGCUAUUUAAUUUAUGUGAAUCAGGAAAAUAAUGGUUGUAUAAAUGGAUGAUAACUUAGACUUAAACCUAAGCGUGGAUCAUUUAUAACUAUGGAUCAUUUAUAACUAUGGAUCAUUUAUAACUACUAAGACUAACCCGUGUUUAAACGUUUAAAACUAAGGCACCCAGAAUAUGAGAUAAAAUUGGUGGAAAAAAACACAAACAAAACUACAUUUAGCCUAAAUAAUAUAAAAUGUGGACAAGAAAAUCCAGCCAGCUUAUGAGCCGGGAGAGUCAGUUGACUUAUUAGGUGCCAGAGACAGAAGAUCAUUAUCUUCUCACCGCGAUUUGUUUGCUUGUGUAGUGAGUAUAACGAUAUUUACAUAUCCCAAUACUGCAUUUAACAGUUUUAGGUUUAAAAAAAAACAACAACAGUUCUUAUUGCAUUUCCUUAAAGUCUACACUAAAGAUUCCGAAAUAAUUUUGUAAGGGCCUUGCAUAUUUUUUUUUUUUUGGUCUCCUAAACAUUUUUCAUUAAAUUAUCAAUUUUUGUUUAAUAUAUAGUGAUUAGAGACCGACCGAAUUUCGGCUUCGGUUUCGGCCCCGAAAGUGGCCAUUUUAUCACUUUCGGCCAAGUUUCGGUUUCGGUCAAAACUGAAAAGUUACCUUUCGGCUUAAUUUCGGUUUCGGCAGAAAGAGACAAGUUAACUUUCGGUUUUUCUUCGGUUUCGGCCAAAAUUGACUUAGACUUUCUGCCAUCCGGCCGAAAGUGACUCAGGUUUUCGGUCAUUUUAAUACUCAAUGAAAGCGAUAUUUAACAAUAAACUAAGCCACAUUUAAGAACAAAUUAAGCGAUCUUUGAGAACAAACUAAACGAUAUUUAACAACAAACUAAGGGACAUUUAAGAACAAACUAAACGAUCUUUAAAACAAACUAAGCGAUCUUUAAGAACAAUCUAAGCGAUCUUUAAGAACAAACUAAAUGCUCAAAUAGAACAAACUAAACGAUUUUUAAGACCGCACUAAAUGAUCUUUAAGAACAAAACAAAUGAUCUUUAAUAGUAAACUAAAUGAUUUAUAAGAAUAAACUAAGCGAUCUUUAACAGAAACCUAAAUGUUCUUUAGGAACAAACUAAAAGAUCUUUAACAACAAACUAAUCUAUCUUAAUGGAACAAAAUUAAUUAUCUUUAAGAACAAACUAAGCGAUCUUUAACAACAAACUAAGCGAUCUUUUUGAAAAAGCUAAGCGAUCUUUACAACAAACUAAGCGAUCUUCAACAACAAACUAAGUGAUCUUUAAGAACUAACUAAGCGAUCUUUAUGAAAAAAACUAAGCGAUCUUUACAACAAACUAAGCGAUCUUUAAGAACAAACUAAACAAUCUUUAACAACAAACUAAACAAUCUUUAAGAACAAACUAAAUGAUCUUUAACAACAAACUAAACGAUCUUUAACAACAAACUAAUCGAUCAAUAACAACCAACUAAACGAUCUUUAAAAACAAAUUAAGCGAUCUUUUAGAACCACAUUUUUUAGAGACCCUGUUUAAAAAAAAAUAUAUUUUGCAUUAAUUCCCCCCCCCCCUAAUUUUCUCCUACCAUACUAAUUUUACAAAAAAACUGUAAAGCAAUUUAAAUUAAUUUUAUAUUAAAAUGUUAAAAUCCUAAGUAUUCUUAGAUCAAGGGUCUCAAACUCAAAUCAUAUGGGGGAAAAAGGGGGGGGGGGGCACAGGAGGUAGUAUCUGAAUGAGAGUGGGCCGCAUCAAGUAAUCCACAAAAAAGCGAUUACAACUGUUACAAUCUGCUCAACCUUUAUAAAUAACAAUAAAAUCUCUAAGGGUUCUGCAAGAAAUACUCACUGUUGCCAGAGACCUGGCAUACAAAAAUAUAUAGAAACAUUAAAAAUAAUAAUAUCAGAAUUAGACUAGUCGGUGAGAUUCGACUGAAACCGUCGCGGAGAGUCACGUUAUAGAUAUGAGAAUGGGGGGAAACGGGCCGGCGCAUUUACACUAAACUUUUCUGUCAUGUAGCAGGCCACAAAUAUCGUCUUGCGGGUCACAAAUAGCUCACGGGCCGCGACUUUGAGACCCUUAUAUUAGAUGUUUAUUUAUUAAUAUUCACGAUUAUCUCAUUUUUUAUAAAAAGAAUGUAAAUGUUUAUACUUUCCCACAUCAUUUUCGAUGUAUGCAGAAUGUAUACGGGAAUGAAUUUCAAAAUAUCUUAAUAUUUCAUUUUCGGCUUCGGCCAAAAUUCAUUUUUAACUUUCUGCCUUUUUUCGGUUUCGGCCGAAAGUAAUUUUUAAACUUUCUGCAUUUUUUCGGUUUCGGCCGAAAGUCAUUUUAAACUUUCGGCCUAUUUUCGGCUGAGGCCAAAAUCAGAAAAUCACUUUCGGUCGGUCUCUAAUAGUGAUCGUCCGAUCAUUCCAUAAGUUUGGAGUUUCACGUGACCAGUGAUUUAUGAUUUAAAAAAAAAAAAAUUAAAAAAUUAAAUAUAAGGGAUGUAACUGUGAAAAUAAAAUCUAUAUUGAUACUCCAGCAGGGUUGUUCAUAUUUGAUAACCAACAGUUCAAAAUACGUACACAUCUCAUUCUAAAAAAGAUUUGAAUUUCUUUCUAACCUGUUCAUCAAUAGCUGAAUAAAACUUAAAGGUGUAAGUUAUCAAAAGUUAGUUGUAUACUUCUUCUUAAAUGAUCCAAAUAAUUGUUUUUAGAUUUUAAAAAAUAAUUUCAAAACAACUCUUUAGGCAGAAGGAAAAAAAAAGAAGAAAAAUAGAGAAAAAAAAGAGGGGGGGGGGGGGGGGUUCAGAUGCGUACAUUGAAAAAAAAAAAUGAAAAGAAACUCCAAGGUUGGCUUUAAUUAGAAAUUAAUGUGAAUUUCUAACUCAAAGGAAAAUAUAUUUUCAAGGAAUAUCCAAGCUAACCAGACAUACAUCCUGAUUAAAUGUCAACCACUAAGAAUGCCUGUUUCAAGGCUUUUGUUUGGACAUUUUAGUGAGCUAUGCACAUGAAAAAUACGGAGGCUAAUCUUUUGAUCUAUACCAAAUGUUGUCAUUAUAUUAUAUAAGCAAAGGGUGCACAAGGGUCAAUUUUGCAUGAAUUUUUGCGCCCCGCACCCCCUCUAAUUUUUUCUUCUUCUUACAAUACUACGGUACUUUAAAAUACAUUUUUAACAACUUUAAAUUAGUUUUUACUUCAAAAGGUAAAAGUCAAAGUAUUCAUUAGAUGUUUAUAAAUAAAAUUCUUGAUAAUUACUUUUCCCCCAUCAUUUUUCAACAUAGGUAGAUUGUCUGCACAAACAAGUUUCCAAAUUUCUAAAUCUUUCAGUUUCGACCGAAAGUCAUUUUGAACUGUCACUUUUGUUUUGGUUUCUGCCGAAAUCAGAAAAUCAAAUUUGGUCGGUCUGUAGUGUAAAUCAACUGGCCACUCUUUACGGAACCCAAGGCCAUUUUAGCUCCAAGAUGUUGAUGAGUGACAAACAAAUCCCAUGUCAAUUGUUAUCAAAUGUUUUUAUUAAAAAGGACAAUAUUUUACAAAUCCAUCUUACAACUUUAUAAUUUCAUGUAAAAGUUGUCACAUGUACAAAUAACAAUAAUUUGGAUAACAAGAUAAAAGGGUGACUUUAAGAUAAGGGGUCUUCAUGUCAGUAAGUUUUUAAAAUCUAAACAAAAGGUUACCACCAAAAACUGUUUCACGUAGACUUUCAUUUAUUAAGGGAUAAAAAGCAUGUGGGAAGUAUGAGUUGACUUAAAAUUUAAAUUAAAAUAAUCUUUGUUCUAUCCAAGUAAUCCAACAUGAAAGCAUAUUAUUCUAAAAUGGCUUUUAGAUGUCAAUAAAUCUGAAGUAACUUUCAUAGUAACUACACAACCAAAUUUUCUGCUCUUAUUAAAAUUAAAGUAAAGUAAAUUAAAAUGUAGUGAAAAAAUAAUUAAUGGCAGGAUUCUUUUUUAAAAACUGCAAUGUGACUGUUACUUUUGUGACUUUCAAAUACUUAGCUCUAACUAUUUAAAUAUAAGACCACUAAUAAUAAUAAUAAUAAAUUAUAUUCCCAUGUUUUUAUAUUCAUAAUAUUAUAGUUUAGCAUGUCUUUCUUUCCUACAAUGUAAAUUAAAUUUCCAUAUUUUUAACAAUACAUUAUUUUUUUAUAAAAUGAAUGUAAAAAUUAAGCAGAGAUCAAGCAGAACCAAAGAAUCGGAAAGAUUGUAUUUUACACUGAAGUUAGUUGUGAUGCAUUGCUACUGCCUCUACACACCCAGAGAUGUAAACAUAGUAAACAUACUUACACGAUCACCUUUGAAUAUUUUCCAUUCUGACUCUGAAAUCGGCUCUAUCAGUUCAGUCAAUCGCUUGCCUGGUAAGUUGGCAUCCUUGGCUGCAUCUGUCCAAGGCCGGUUCUCAUCAUAAAUCCAAUUCCUUUUUCGUAAGUGCCUCCAGCCUUGUAAAGGUUUAUAUAUGGAAACUCCUGAAGCUUGAGCAAUUUCACGCUGGACGUACUUUUUGAAAUAGCUGAGCGCAACUAUUGUGAGCUUCAUGACUUCUUUUUAUCUGAAACAUUUAUUAUAUGUUUGAAUAAUGUGAUGAAACGUUCCCAAAUUACUCCUCCUCAAUCAAAUGAGACUUAAAUAAAAACAUGGAAAGCUUUAAAAACAGAUGUCAGACCGUCAUGAAAACCUACACUUAUGUAAAAAGUGAAAUAAAGUAAUAUUUAAAUGAAAAAGAUCCUACAAUAUUAUUUCUAUAAAUUUUUUCAAAGUGAAGGUAACUAAUAACUUGCCAUUUUUUCCCCAAGUAUUAGCCUUUUUUUUUUAUACCCAUUUAAUAGUCUGUUCUGCUUUUGGUUAACAGAAAAUGCUACCCAGUUGUUGGCUGUAAAUCUCUAUGACAUGGUUUUAAUAGAAUAUUGGUUGUUUAUAAAUGGCUUUAUAUAAUUUGUAUCUCCACAGAUACAUGUAGGUUUCUAGGUGUGCUCUUGUGACAUUCAUCUUGUGUCGCUACUCCAUCCGUCCCAAGAGGGUUAAUAUAAUAUAUUAAUAUAUGGCUUUUCUGUUAAUCAAGUCUACGGUGUCCAAUAUAUUGGUAUAUACUACAUAGUCUAUAUAAGGCAAUGCAUCUCCUUAUCCCUAAAAUACUGUUAAGGGACUACUUAUUUUGAACUUUCAACUUCGGCACAUGACUAAUUAAUUAAAUCUUUCCCUUUCAAUAGUUUUAGCACACGGCAAAGUCUUAUGAAUGAAACUCUGAGAUAGUACUACGGUAUAGCCAUUAUGCAAGUGACUGUGAAUGGCUGCCCAUGACGAUGUUUUGCACAGAGCAAAUUAUGAUUAUUUGGUAAAUGUGAAGAGAUAGCACCGCGUUUUUUUUAACAUGGCCGCCAUCUUGGUUGCCGUGACCCGUGAACUUGUGUCCUAAAUUUAUCUCUAAGCCUAACCUGAACCCUAAAUCUAUCCCUAGCCUAAACAUAACCUGAACCCUAAACUUACCCUAACCUGGCUUUUGACCCUAUCAGAACCAGGGACAAAACACGCAAAUGACGUCAGGAUGCAAUCUCUUCACAUUAGCCGAUCAUUUAGUUUAUGGACUCUACUGGGUUUUUAAACCUCAAAUUAAAAUAUUCUUGUUUAAUUACUUCUAAGUUCAUUAUAAAACAAAAUGUAUGAAAUAUUUUGAUGUAAAUAGUGGUCAUAAUUGAAUAUUUCCAUUAAAAAGGGGCAUGGCAUGGUCCAAAUUAGGCUGAACGAACUCAUGGUAAUGCAGGUUACUGGGACAAGCAUAACAAACAUCAGACACGGCCUACAUUCCCACAUCAAGGAGAAUUGGCAUACACAUACAUUAAUAUAUAGGCCUAAUGCCAUCAGAAUUUAAUACUUCAAAAUAUUUUGAGGGAAAGAUGCCUAAAACUAAUGUCGAUCAAAAAAGACAAACAAAAAAAGUAUGUGGUAAUGUUAACGUUGGUCAAGAUGUCGACUAUUUGUGAACAUGUGGAAAGAUACCACAAUUUUAUGACAAAUUAAUCAUUAAUCCUUUUACUAAUAGAGUUGCACCAAAGUCCAAAAAUUAAGAACUUGAAUUUUUCUGCGCUGACACCCAUUUCCCAUACAAAUGACGUCAACAAUAUUGAAUAGCCGAAAAUUCAUAGUUAUCAUAGCUCAGAAACUAUUAAAUAUAGAAAGUUGAUUUUUUUUAAUUUAAAGUUUUCUCUAUUAUACUAUCGAAGUGGAUGCGUACACCGCGGCGGUGUACCUAGCGAAACCAUCGGCUUUGGCCUGCGUAAACCGCGGCGGUGUACCUAGUGAAAUCGUGGGCUUUGGCCUGGGUACACCGCGGCAAAAUUUUACCAUUGGCCUGGUUUUAAGAUAUUCUGGUUAGAGAAGAUCUUGUGUGGUCAAGUGGUAGAGUGGACGCUUGGCGAUAAUAUAGUUUGAGAUCAAUUCUCAGUAGGGGAUCGAGUUUUUUUCCUCCCAUUAAAAUGUUUUGUAGCAAUUUAAACAAUUUAAUUAUAUGUUUAAAUAUUAUAUUAGAAACACUUUAUAUAUUUAUUUAUAUAUAUAAGUGUUUCAACAAGUUGUACCGGCCUUUGACUUUGAAAAUACCGGUAACUUUAGUAAUAAGACUUUAGACAUUUGAAAACAAACUUAAAGUUUCUGAAAGCGCAUGUAAUUCAUGAUGAACAUGUAUAACAGAAAUAUUAUGAAUACUAAGUGACUGAUAUUCUAUUGUAUUUCAACAUUCUUCGUGUAGUUGAAUAUUUACAUUUUACUUUUACGAACACCCAAAGAAAAUACCAGUAUGAAUAAUAUUCAUGCAUAUGAAUAUUAAUGUGCAUGGUCGUAUUUCAACCUUGAACCAUCUUGCUUUCACUAUGCCUUAUGCAUUGGCAAAAUGUACAUACGAUAUCAAAGGUUCAUUCACAACACUCAGUCUCACAGCAAAUCUUUUGAAAACACCUCGAUUUUAGAAACUUGCGGAGCGGUAGCAAACUGUAUAGCAAAGCCAUAGGUCUGCGUUUACCCUUUUCAUGACGUAAUUUGUUUCCAGAAUGGCAUGGCAUGUGCUAUUCUCAGGGUAAAACGCGACGUUUUCUCAUAGAAACCAUUGCACAAUGGCCGGCUUGGGACAGGAUUUGCGCUAUGUCAAAGUUUUUGUAUUUGUUGUUGUUGUUUUUUUUAAAGAAAUCGAUCCUUGCCGGGGAGUGGGGGAUGGUGGUGAGUUAUGGGCAGAGGCUUAACCAAAAAGGGGGCGUUCACAAAUCACGGCUCAGGAUAGGGGUUGUCCACAAAGGAUGUCCUCACAACAAACUUACCUUUUGCAUCCCCUCUCCCUCUGCCAGCAUUUUUUUUACUAAUGUGUAAUGCCAAUGUAAAACUAAAUCAAUGAUAUUUAAUUAUUGUUAAAAGACUUUCAAAUAACUGCAGUGUUUCGUAUUUAUCAUCUUACUGCUGUUUUGUGUUGACACGCGCUUGGUAUCACAAUGACAAUGCCUCGGACAACUUUAACUUCACGACUUCAUGAUCAAUGUAUGAGUAUGUGAUUCUCUUCCCGUAGUUUAUUUGUGGCGUAAUUAUAUCUUAGUGCUAACAAAAUAGAUUCACUGUCUUCCCAUUUGUUUUUACACCAUGCCCGAGGAAUCACAUACAAUGUUAUAUUUAUAAUGCCCCCCCCCCCCAAAAAAAAACAACAAAAAACAAACAAACAAACAAACAAACAAACAACUGGGUGGGGGUGGGCAUGAGAGAAUAAUUUUAAAUUAAGAUUCACAAUCAUAUGAUAAAACUUACAAUUAAUAAAUAUAUUUGUAUUUCAAUAUAUUGGGGGAGGGGGAAUAAAGUGGUUAACUUUAAAAAUAAAUCAUGGUUUAACAUUACACCCCCAGCCCCCUCCCUUCCAAAAAUAAGAAGAAAUGCUUUACAUGCACUUUGCCACAUAAGCGUGGAACUUACUCAAUAUCUUCCCAAGGUAAUAAACGAAUUUUAAAUAAAUAGUUUUCAGUUUUAACACUAGUAUAACAUUAAAUCUACAAGUACUGGUUAGGCCAAAAAAGUUAAAGACUCGCAAAGACCAUAGUUUUGCUACUUUAAAUCGCUGCGGUGUAAGCAGGCCACAGACCAUGAUUUAGCUAGGUACACCCCGCGGUGUACGCAGGCCAAAGUCAAUAGUUUCGCUAGGUACACCGCCGCGGUGUACGUAGUGCCGGCCUUAUACUAUACUACUAAUACUUUUUUGAAUAAUUCAAUUUUUUUUUACCUAAGUUUUUAAUUUUGUCCCAAAGUCCCUUGGCCGAGACUAAACUAGACUAAACUAAGACUAGGUGUGUCAAAUGUCAAAAGUCAAAGUAACUUAAAAAUAAAUAAAAGUACGCUCUGGUAGUUCUCAAAGUCAAAGUUUCGGCCCUAAGUCUAAGUUAGCUGAAUUUCUUUCAAUAAAAAAUUAGCAGCUCUAAACUAUGACUAUGGAAGUUCAGUUAUUAUUUAUUUUCAAUAAAGGCGACAAAGCAGAGGUUAUUUACCGUCUAUCUUAGGUGCUUUUUACUUGUCAUACAUUCUCAUACAUACAUGUUGAAGUUCAUUUAGUUAAAGUUAUCUUUACAUCUUUUAUGAAGUUUAUACAAAUUUAGGAUUAAAUUUUGUAAAAAAAAUAUAUUUAUGAGUUAUGAUAAUGUUAAAAUAUAUAAAUGUAAAUAAAUAUAGUAUUAGCAAAAAUAGUUUUGAAGUAGCUUUUGUAUAAUUAAAAUAAUUAGAAUAUUUGUAAAUUUAUUACUUCUGUGUGAUAUAUUUCGGUAAGGUUUUAAACUAAGAGGCAAAAAUAUCGAUAUUUUAAACCGAAAGAAGAAUUAGAAUGCGUUUUUUUAGUGCCAAAUGGCACUGUUGGUAAAUUUACAAAAUAAUUUUAAUUUUUACUAUAUAUUUCUGUUUAUUAAAAUUGUUAUAGUAUUAACAAAUUAUAUAUUCGAAGGAUUUUUAAAAAUUUAGUUCUUCGUUAAUCUAAGACAUCUCAUGUUGAAAUAACGUUUUUAAAAUGUAGGCUACAUACAAUUAUACUGACAAUUAUUACAAUCAUCAUAAUACAGGAGUAAUCAUGAUCAUGUCAAUGCAAAAUUGAAUUUUACCUGGCAUAGAUCUAUUUGGUGUGUUAUGUUUAGUGUUGGUAAAAACUCCUUUUUUUCAUAGUAUAGCCCUAUUAUUAAUACGAUACUUACAACUAUAGGCUACACAACACUGGCUGUGCAUCUUCUUUUUUUUUUUUAUUGUUCAUUUUUUACAUUUAAUUUAGAUUUAAAUUAGGCUUAUUAGUAUCCCCGAUUCUGAUUCAAUUUUAGCCCCUAAUUAUUUACAAUUACAUACCUUCGCCUUCAUAUUAGCUGCUAUUUGGCAACAAUUAAUGGCAAUGCUGGCAAUAUGGGCUACUGCUGUCGUGUAGUUGUAGUAAACUCAUGAACUUGUAAUGUAGUUGUACUGGUUAGGGAAAAAAUGCUUGAAAAUGAUCCAUAAUCUCUUAUAUUUGCGUCUGGUUCUUCCUGCUUCUUUUGCACAACCGCCCCCCCCCCCACACCUUUUUGUCUUCUUCACUUCACAUGUUUUAUAUUAAUAGUACUGAGGGCUGAGUGAAAAAAAAGACCAUCAAGAUCAACAAGCUUUCAUACCUGAACAUCUGUAAAAAGGUUGCAUUUUUUUCUUUGGGGGAGGCGACUAUUAUUACUAUUAACUAUUAUAUUAAUAAUCAAUAAAGAGCCACGACAUGUAUGGUGUAGGCAGGACUAUUGUUUAAUGGUCAGCAGGUAGGGUGUAUGACUAUGACUGUCUGUAGGCAGGCAGGUUUAGGGUUUAGGACUGAUUAAAGGCCAGCGGCAUAUGGCAUAUGUUAGUAAUUAGUCUAUGAAGAAAAUGAGAAGUGUAACAGAAAAAAAACUGCACCUGGUUAAGCCUUAGUAUAAUUAUACUAGUUUAUUACUAUGUUAGCCUAAAUUCAGUAAUUUAAUUUUUAAAAUACAGUAUAGGGCAUUGGCCCAGUUGUUCUUCAUAUAGUAUGAUAUAGGCAUAGCCAUGCCAUAUAUUAAAAAUUAUUUAUAGAUAAUGGGCAUAUUGUUAUUGCCAUGGCCAUAUAAUAGAUAUUAGUAAUUUAUUAGGUUAUGCCUAAAGAAAGGCUAUAGACCUGGGAUCUGACCCACUAAGGGUCCUUAAUAUUAGCUCAUCCCACCUGGACACCGCACAGGUACCCACGUAGCAGUGACUAAUUAAAUACAAAGUCAGACAUUGAGUCAGUCCUCCCCAUAUUACUAUUACACCUAUUUAACCAAAAGCAGGCCAAUACUUCCCAUUGAAAUUCUUACAUGUUUAUGAAUUAUUCUUCAUUUAAAAUGGGGGUGGUCACAAUUUUGUAGCUGCGAGCCAGAUUCAAGAGGUAACAGAGGCAUAGGAGCCAUAUAUAGUGGGGGGGGGGGUUUGCACAUUUCACCCAAACCAUGUCUAUCCAUAGAAAUUUGGGAUUUACCCGGAAAGGCGAAACAACCCCAUAUAGUAGUCAAGAGGUAACAGAGGCAUAGGAGCCAUAUAUAGUGGGGGGGGGGGGGUUUGCACAUUUCACCCAAAUCAUGUCUAUCCAUAGAAAAUUGGGAUUUCACCAGAAAAGCAAAACAACCCCAUAUAGUAGUGACACCUGCAAUUGAAAAUUUAAAUCACACGUUUUUUUUUUCUUCUUCAUUUUGUAAUUGUAACUGACUUAAGAUGAAAAGGACAUAAUAUUUGAGUUAGCAUCUUUUUGUUGAUUUCCUCUUAAAUCUGCUUUAAUUGAAAUAUAAUUUUUCAAACAAAUUAAUUAAACCAUUUACUUUUCAGAGGAAAACCUUUAAAAAAUACUUAAAAACAUAUUUUUUUUUAAAAUACGGACAAAUAAUGUAACUUACAUAACGUGACUUUGUAGCUGACAUUAACAUGUCGUGUGAAUGCAGACAAUAAAAAAUAGAACAAAGUCAAUUCUUUUACAGAUCUACAAAUACUUCACUGGAGCAGUUAAAUAAACUUCCAUAAACAUAAGUAACUGUUUUUAAUGCUUUUCCAUAAAGUGACAUUGACCAUAACAAUGAAAAUGGUCUGUCUGUAUUUAUUAGAUGUAAGCACAAUAAAAUUUAACAAAAUUUCCAUAAAACAAGUAUUUAAAAAGUCAUGUUAAUUUUUUUGUGCUCAACACGAAUAGGACAUCCAGAUUGCAAAUUGGCUCUAGUGUUUUUGUAAUUUGUACUAAAUUAAUGUUUACACCAUGAAAUGCAUGCUAUUAAUACCUGUAAAAAAUUAAGUCAUAGACUACUUCUUAUAUUUCUUUGCCUAUCUCUUGUAGAGCUGUUCGGUACCACCUCUUGGGAGUGUCCAGUAGUAGUCAGCCAGCAUUGUAGUGGACCAUCUUCCCUGGUAUCUUUGCUCCCAUGUUGUGACAUCUUGACAGUUGCCAGGGAAGAAAUCCAGAUGGGAAUCAAGGAAGUGGACCUUUAGAAAUAUAUUGCUGCCAAGUUUCUGAUACUGCAUCAGCAUGUCCUCAACUAGCUCCUAACAUUGCAGAGAAGUCUGUAAACACUAGGCCAGAAGCUGGCGAAGCCUGGUCUAUGGGUUUCAUGAAGUUCUUCAUCCAACAUAGUGUGAUGUGAAGGGGUUGUAGCAGAAUUUUGUGAGCCAUGAACAGAGCUGGGUGCUGGCUAUUCUUCUCUCCAAUUGUUACAUUUUGUCUGCGAGUCUAUGCCUUCCAUAAGUAAUGCAAUUUCCUUGCAUAGCCAUCCCACUCACUUAAGAAACACAUUAUGUAUUUAGUAUAUCCCUGCUGCAGUCCCAUUAAAAAGGCAACUACCUUCAAAUGACCACAUAGGUUCCAGCCGUACUUGUUAUAGUUAUACUCAACAGAAUUCAGUUGCUUCUUUAAGCUACAGUAUGUCUUUUUCAUGCGGACUGCAUGCCCUACUGGAAUAGAAGGAGUACAGUUUCCAUUGUGCAAACGCACAGCCUUAAGACUCCGUUUUGAAGAGUCUACAUUUAGGCUCUAUUCCUUUGGGUCAUGAUUGAUUUUAAAGCCUUCAUUAGGCCGUCAAUAUCUGAACAUAAUACCAGAAUACAUUCCUUUCUGAAGGAAGGCUCCCACUGAUGGUGGUGCUUUCGAUGCAAUGUAAUUGUGACAUCUUUUUCUAGAAGAUUCCCUUGUUGGAGUCCUGAUCCUCACAAUUCUGCUUUUUUCUUGGAUAAGUCAAAAUUACAAACCAGGUCAUUUACUUCUUCCUGUGUUAGUCUGUGUGGUGAUGCACCACAGUGUUAGUCUGUGUGGUGAUGUACCACAGAGUUAGUCUGUGUGGUGAUGUACCACAGUUAGUCUGUGUGGUGAUGUACCACAGUUAGUCUGUGUGGUGAUGUACCACAGUUAGUCUGUGUGGUGAUGUACCACAGUGUUAGUCUGUGUGGUGAUGUACCACAGUUAGUCUGUGUGGUGAUGUACCACAGUGUUAGUCUGUGUGGUGAUGUACCACAGUUAGUCUGUGUGGUGAUGUACCACAGUGUUAGUCUGUGUGGUGAUGUACCACAGUUAGUCUGUGUGGUGAUGUACCACAGUGUUAGUCUGUGUGGUGAUGUACCACAGUUAGUCUGUGUGAUGAUGUACCACAGUGUUAGUCUGUGUGGUGAUGUACCACAGUUAGUCUGUGUGGUGAUGUACCACAGUUAGUCUGUGUGAUGAUGUACCACAGUGUUAGUCUGUGUGGUGAUGUACCACAGUUAGUCUGUGUGGUGAUGUACCACAGUUAGUCUGUGUGGUGAUGUACCACAGUGUUAGUCUGUGUGAUGAUGUACCACAGUGUUAGUCUGUGUGAUGAUGUACCACAGUGUUAGUCUGUGUGAUGAUGUACCACAGUGUUAGUCUGUGUGAUGAUGUACCACAGUGUUAGUCUGUGUGAUGAUGUACCACAGUUAGUCUGUGUGGUGAUGUACCACAGUUAGUCUGUGUGGUGAUGUACCACAGUUAGUCUGUGUGGUGAUGUACCACAGUGUUAGUCUGUGUGAUGAUGUACCACAGUGUUAGUCUGUGUGGUGAUGUACCACAGUUAGUCUGUGUGGUGAUGUACCACAGUGUUAGUCUGUGUGAUGAUGUACCACAGAGUUAGUCUGUGUGGUGAUGUACCACAGUUAGUCUGUGUGGUGAUGUACCACAGUGUUAGUCUGUGUGGUGAUGUACCACAGUGUUAGUCUGUGUGAUGAUGUACCACAGUGUUAGUCUGUGUGGUGAUGCACCACAGUGUUAGUCUGUGUGGUGAUGUACCACAGUGUUAGUCUGUGUGGUGAUGCACCACAGUGUUAGUCUGUGUGGUGAUGUACCACAGUGUUAGUCUGUGUGGUGAUGUACCACAGUGUUAGUCUGUGUGGUGAUGUACCACAGUGUUAGUCUGUGUGGUGAUGCACCACAGUGUUAGUCUGUGUGGUGAUGUACCACAGUGUUAGUCUGUGUGGUGAUGGACAACAGUGUUAGUCUGUGUGGUGAUGCACCACAGUGUUAGUCUGUGUGGUGAUGCACCACAGUGUUAGUCUGUGUUGUGAUGUACCACAGUGUUAGUCUGUGUGGUGAUGCACCACAGUGAAAAUCUGGAUCACUGCAUGCUGAUGGAACAGGAGAAGAACAGACUGGCUCACCCUUGUACCCAUCAGAUGAAUCAAGAGAAUAUUCUGCUGGAGGUUCUGGAAUAGGCAGGCCCUCACCAUGUGGAAGUGGUCUAAUCCAUCUCUGAGGCUUUACAGCCCAUGUAGGGCUUUGGCCUGCCUCACCACUUACUUCCACUCAGACCUAACUAAUGCCUUUCUUUUCCAUGCUUGGACUUUCAGCUGCUGUAGAUCUUUUUCUACAUCAUCUAUCCACCUAAGCCUAGGUCUGCCUUUGAGCCUUUUUCCUCUGGGGUAUCAGUGAUGUACCCUCUUUGUUCCUCUGUCAUUUGGCAUUCUCUCUAGGUGUCCUGCCCAGCGUAGCCUGCCUCUUUUUAUUUCUGCCACUAGUGGUCUAAAUGCAGACAAAAUGGGCUUUAUAAAGUAGACUGCUGACAUCAGCUUACUUCAGCAGCCCAUUGGUAAUACUGCUGCAUUACAUCAUAAAAUAAUACAAUCAACUCUGGAUGACGUGUGCUUGAUGGUAUUAUGCAAUGCGAUGUAAUAUUACAUCAUUGUAGGCUUAUUUAGGAAAUUGUUGCAGUCCUACUGGAUACAUUUAUACAGUCAAACAGAAAAUGAACGCUAUGAAAUAUCUUCAAAAGGAAUGUUAAUUUAAAAAUUUCUUUGUUAUAUUCGUGCUUAGCACUACGAGAUUAUACAGACUAGGGCCUUUUUAAGUCAAUGUUGACCAUUGCCAUCAUAUAAGCAUAGCCUUGGCCUAAUUAAUAUAUAUUAAUAUAGAUAUAACAGUAAUAGGCAUCGUCUUCAGUGGGCUGUAGGUCCCCGACCUACUCCACCACAUUCCAUUGGGAUCAAUCCAUGGCUUUUCACCUCCAUGCACUGGCCCCCAGGUGGUGUAAGUCCUUCUGUACAUCCUCAGUCCCACUCAGUCCUGAUCGACUAGUGAGCCGUAGAUCUCUUUUGCUGCUCUACAAUCUGUCAUCCUCUCAAGGUGUCCUUUCCAGCGCAGUCAGUCUUUUUUAAUUGUCGCAACUAUGGGUGGGUCUUUGUACAAUGCCCAGGGAAAAACACAUUUGGCCCACAGAAACCUUUGCACCCUCUGAGACACGAUUUUUGGUAUUUCAAAGGGUUUUUCUUAAGAAAUGGAUAUGUGCCGGUGGGCUGUGGUGAGUUAGGACAUUAACUAGUGAUAGCAAUAUUACAAGGUUCGCUAUUCACAGGUUUCACUCUAUAUACAUAGACACAAGAACUAUGAGUUGUGCACCAAGCCUAAAGAAAUUAUGCCUAAACCUGACCUCAAAAAAAGCUUUAAGGUCCACUGCUAGCACCAUUUCACAAGUCACUAACAUUUUAUUUUUAGCACAAUAUAUUUUUGCCUUAGAAUUUUUACUUUUAUGUGAGAAACCAUUGUGAUUUAUUUUUUACUUUCUCUUUUAAGGUCACCAAUAAUUCAUCAGUUUCAAUUUCACAAAUAGGUAAAGUAUAUUUAAAUAUUCCAUACAAUUGUAUAAGAAUUAAUGCAGUCAAUAAUGUUUAACAUAUUUAAGCCAAAUAAUGUAUCAGAUUUUUUAACCCCAGCUAUAGCAGCUUUGUGAAGAUUCAGAAUUUUACCAAUUAAAUCUGGGAUGUCAAAUUUUGGACCAGUGGAAUCAAAUCUUUACAAUUUAUUGGCCUGUUUGAUAGCCCAUUCAGACCAGUGGAAUCAAAUGUGUACAAUUUAUUGGCCUGUUUGAUAGCCCAUUUGGACCAGUGGAAUCAAUGUGUACAAUUUAUUUGCCUGUUUGAUAGCCCAUUUGGACCGAUGAAAUCAAUUGUGUACAAUUUAUUGGCCUGUUUGGUAGCCCAUUUGGACCAGAGGAAUCAAAUGUGUACAAUUUAUUGGCCUGUUUGAUAGCCCAUUUGGACCAGUGAAAUCAAUUGUGUACAAUUUAUUGGCCUGUUUGAUAGACCAUUCAGACCAGUGGAAUCAAAUGUGUACAAUUUAUUGGCCUGUUUGAUAGCCCUUUUGGACCAGUGGAAUCUAAUGUGUACAAUUUAUUGGCUGUUUGAUAGCCCUUUCAGACCAGUGGAAUCAAAUGUGUACAAUUUAUUGACCUGUUUCAUAGCCCAUUUGGACCAGUGGAAUCAUAUGUGUACAAUUUAUUGGCCUGUUUGAUAGCCCAUUUGGACCAGUGGAAUCAAAUGUGUACAAUUUAUUGGCCUGUUUGAUAGCCCAUUUGGACCAGUGGAAUCAAAUGUGUACAAUUUAUUGGCUGUUUGAUAGCCCAUUCAGACCAGUGGAAUCAAAAGUGUGCAAUAAUUGUCCUGUUUGAUAGCCCAUUUGGACCAGUGGAAUCAAAUGUGUACAAUUUAUUGGCCUGUUUGUUGAUGGCCCAUGUGUAAUAUAAAUAGAACUUGAUGGCAACCCAUGACAUUAUUAUUGCCCCAUUCGAUUCUGUCACCAAAGUUAUGUGGGAGUCUUCAUUCAUUUUUAUCUUGUAUAAAUGUAAACUACUCCCUCCAUUAAAAUGUACGCGAAAAAGAAUUACCCAUUUCAUGGUAACCAGGUGUAGGAAUGAGAAAUGAACUGGUCUAGGGUCUAUGGGUAGGGAUGAGAACUAUAUUGUCUAUGGGAAAAAAUAAGAUCUCAAUUUCUCAAGAACUACUAAGCCAUCCCCAACCCAAUAGUUUUUGGAGGAAGUCCCGGUCCUUACCCCUCGACACAUGCGCCUAAUGAGCCAGGUAUGAUGAUUAAUAUGUUAAUUUCAGAUUGCUUUUAUUUAUUUAAAUGAUUUUCUCAUUUAUUUUAGUAAAAUGAGUGGAGGAAAGGUGGACAUUAAGGUAGUCCUCUUGGGGAAAGCUUAUGCUGGAAAAACUAGCUUGGUUGAGCGAUACAUUCACAACAGAUUUCUUGGUGAAACAGUCCCGUAUCAAAAUGUAAAUAUACUUUUUUCGUUACUUCAAUGAUAGUGAAAAUUUCAAUUUAUUAAAAAUAUUUUAACUUGAGAGUAUUAAUUAAAAUUUAAAAUGUUAAUGGAUAAAACUAUAGGGUUUUAAAAUACUUGUAUUAGAUAUGUAAAUAAAAAUUAAUUAAAGAUGCUAAAUUUAGGAUUGUUUACCUGUAUCUGGUACCGUUAAAAUCAAGGAAAAUGAGUCAAUAUUAAAUCUCUGAUUUAUUCAUGCAGACAAUUGGUGCAGCCUUUGGAGCCAAGACAGUCACAGUGAACAAUAAAAAUGUUAUUAUAGGAAUUUGGGUAAGUAUAUUUUGGAAGGGUCAUGUGUUGUUUAAUUUUGUUAACACAAAUACACCCCCCCCCCCAUCCAAUACUUUCUCUUACACUACAUUAACCUUUUCCCUAAAAAAUUUCAAUUUUCAUUGUAGGAAAGUCCUUAAGUUUUGAAGCAUUGUUCUAAAAUAAAUCCAAGACAGUCACAGUGAACAAUAAAAAUGUUAUUAUAGGAAUUUGGGUAAGUAUAUUUUGGAAGGGUCAUGUGUUGUUUAAUUUUGUUAACACAAAUACACCCCCCCCCCCCAUACAAUACUUUCUCUUACACUACAUUUACCUUUUCCCUAAAAAAUUUCAAUUUUCAUUGUAGGAAAGUCCUUAAGUUUUGAAGCAUUGUUCUAAAAUAAACUGUUAGACGGAUGAAUUUUUAUGUGUAAAAGUGCUUUGUGAUUUUUAAGAUAUAACAUACUAAUGUCCAAAUGGGAGAAGUUUGAAUAGGUGUUGUCUGUGGAAUGAGGGUGAGGGGGGGGGGGGAGGAGACGACUAACAUAUUUAAACUUGAACAAUUAUUCUUUUAGAUUAAAUGAAGGAGAAAGAGAAAUAUUAUCUACAAUUGUGUGUUUUGACAUAUUGAUGUGGUGCUUUUAAUACUGAACUUAUAUAAUAUUAUAUUUUAAGACAGCUAAACAAUUUAUUAUGGAAUAAACUCCUGAUUUCUUCUUUAAAAACAUCUUUUAAAUAUAUUUUUUCGGUAUUCCCAUUUCAAUUUUUCAAUAAUUGAAAAUGUGUUCCAUCAUUAAUUGUUAUAUUUCAAAUUAAUUCACGUGGGAACAGUUUGCAAAGGCUCCCUGCAGCAUGAGGCCAAACAAAGAGGUUGCUGCAGAGCACAAAGGACAAUCUAGAAAAGCCUGAGUUAACUCUGAAUAAUCCAUCCCUUGCACCUGCAGAUGUCCCAUCCAUCCAUCCCUUGCACCUGCUGCACAGUAAAUGAAUAGUGGAACAAGAUAUGUGUAGGCUUGAAAAAAAAAAGGACAUGUCAAUUAAAAGGACAUCUUGGCUAAAUUCUUCUUCAGGAGGCAAGACAAAACAAGAAACAACAAAUAAUUAGAAAUAAAAAAUGUACUUGCCAAAAUUGGCCUGAUCAGCUAUCUGCACACCUACAGACAGAUUCAGCCCCUGACCAAUCAGAUGAUGGAAAUGAUCAUGAUCCCUUUCAAUGGAUGAACAAACAUAUUUCAAAUUUCCUUAUUGGGAUAAAACUUCCAAGAACUUUCUGACAUAUUCAUAGUUCAAAGACAUAAUUUUUUUGUUAUUUUCACGUAAUCUGAAAAGCUGACUGUGUUAUAAGAAAUAUUCAUAGUUCAAAGACAUAAUUUUUUUGUUAUUUUCACGUAAUCUGAAAAGCUGACUGUGUUAUAAGAAAUAUUCAUAGUUCAGAGACAUAAUUUUUUUGUUAUUUUCACGUAAUCUGAAAAGCUGACUGUGUUAUAAGAAAUAUUCAUAGUUCAAAGAUGUAUUAUUGAUUUAUUUUCACAUAUUUAAGUGUGAUGCAUGUGUAUAUUUUUGUUCUAGGACACAGCGGGCAGUGAAAGGUAUGAAGCAAUGAGCAAAAUCUACUACCGCGGGGCCAAGGCUGCUGUGGUCUGUUAUGAUCUCACAGAGAAGGCAAGCUUUGACAGGGCCAGGUUUUGGAUUGGUGAACUACAAAAACAUGAAGAAGUUUGUCUUACUAUGAUCAAAUAGUUCAAUGGCUUAAUUAGCGAAAGAAUGAAAUUGUUAAAUAGAAAACAGUUGACAUAUUGUGUUUCAAUUGUUAACUUGUAUAUGGGUUUUGAAGAAAAAUGAUGGUAGUAAAACUGAAAGAUUUCACUGUUCAUUUAAAAUUUAGGAAAAUGGGGAAAUAUUUUUUAAAUUUUGUACAGUUCAUGGCUAAAUUUAAUGAGAAAUCUAAUGACUAUGUUAAAAUACAGAAAUACAUUAAAAACAAUAUGAAUUAAGUGGUUCUAGAUCUUGCUAAUCUGACAUACAGUUCAUACAACUCAAAAACUGUCCAAAAUAUUAUCUAAAAAUCUUGAAAUAAUACAAUCAUGAAAUGUAUCUUUCUUUUUUAUGUCCCCUGGACACUUGGCACCCACUGGGACACGUUUUCAGGAUUUCUAUAAAUAUAAGAAAUGCUAUAAUAUGUUUUUAGCUUUUGUUUACUUUGUAACCUAUUUAAAACAUUUUAAUUUAUUGAAAAUAAAUUUAUUGUUGGUAUUAAUUUUUAGGGCUGUAGAAUUUACUUGUGUGGAACUAAGUAUGAUAUUGUAGAAGAAAAUCCUGCACUUCGUUCUGUUGAUGAGAAAGAGGCAAAAGCUCUUGCAUUAGGUGAGUAAUACUAUAUACAUAUAUGCAUGCAAAAGGGUAUGGUGUAGGAAAGUUCUUAUCAUAAGUUAUUAUCUUAGUGUUGUCUUGGCUUAGUCUUGUCAUUGGAUCAAAUAGGCAAGGAGGAGAGUGAGUUAUUAUCUAAGUGUUGUCUUGGCUUAGUCUUGCCAUUGGAUCAAAUAGGCAAGGAGGAGAGAGUGAGUUAUUAUCUAAGUGUUGUCUUGGCUUAGUCUUGCCAUUGGAUCAAAUAGGCAAGGAGGAGAGAGUGAGAGUUAUUAUCUAAGUGUUGUCUUGGCUUAGUCUUGCCAUUGGAUCAAAUAGGCAAGGAGGAGAGAGUGAGAGUUAUUAUCUAAGUGUUGUCUUGGCUUAGUCUUGCCAUUGGAUCAAAUAGGCAAGGAGGAGAGAGUGAGAGUUAUUAUCUAAGUGUUGUCUUGGCUUAGUCUUGCCAUUGGAUCAAAUAGGCAAGGAGGAGAGAGUGAGAGUUAUUAUCUAAGUGUUGUCUUGGCUUAGUCUUGCCAUUGGAUCAAAUAGGCAAGGAGGAGAGAGUGAGAGUUAUUAUCUAAGUGUUGUCUUGGCUUAGUCUUGCCAUUGGAUCAAAUAGGCAAGGAGGAGAGAGUGAGAGUUAUUAUCUAAGUGUUGUCUUGGCUUAGUCUUGCCAUUGGAUCAAAUAGGCAAGGAGGAGAGAGUGAGAGUUAUUAUCUAAGUGUUGUCUUGGCUUAGUCUUGCCAUUGGAUCAAAUAGGCAAGGAGGAGAGAGUGAGAGUUAUUAUCUAAGUGUUGUCUUGGCUUAGUCUUGCCAUUGGAUCAAAUAGGCAAGGAGGAGAGAGUGAGAGUUAUUAUCUAAGUGUUGUCUUGGCUUAGUCUUGCCAUUGGAUCAAAUAGGCAAGGAGGAGAGAGUGAGAGUUAUUAUCUAAGUGUUGUCUUGGCUUAGUCUUGCCAUUGGAUCAAAUAGGCAAGGAGGAGAGAGUGAGAGUUAUUAUCUAAGUGUUGUCUUGGCUUAGUCUUGCCAUUGGAUCAAAUAGGCAAGGAGGAGAGAGUGAGAGUUAUUAUCUAAGUGUUGUCUUGGCUUAGUCUUGCCAUUGGAUCAAAUAGGCAAGGAGGAGAGAGUGAGGUUGAGGAUUUGAGCAACUCUCCCUCUCUUAUAACAAAAAUACAGCUCAAAUAAGGCUUCCACUAGUCAAAUAUUGCUUUGCUCAUCUUCGCAAAUGACAAAUAAUAAUAAUAAUUUGUCAAAUGAAACUGUAUUUUAUUAUUCUUGUUAGCUAUAGGUCAUUAGGUGCAAGUUUGAAUGGUGUUUUAAUUGAAAACAAAAAAGGUUAGUAUAAACAUGGCUCAGAAAAGGUUAGUAUAAACAUGGCUCAGAAAAGGUUAGUAUAAACAUGGCUCAGAAAAGGUUAGUAUAAACCUGGCUCAGAAAAGGUUAGUAUAAACCUGGCUCAGAAAAGGUUAGUAUAAACAUGGCUCAGAAAAGGUUAGUAUAAACCUGGCUCAGAAAAGGUUAGUAUAAACCUGGCUCAGAAAAGGUUAGUAUAAACCUGGCUCAGAAAAGGUUAGUAUAAACCUGGCUCAGAAAAGGUUGGUAUAAACCUGGCUCAGAAAAGGUUAGUAUAAACAUGGCUCAGAAAAGGUUAGUAUAAACAUGGCUCAGAAAAGGUUAGUAUAAACAUGGCUCAGAAAAGGUUAGUAUAAACAUGGCUCAGAAAAGGUUAGUAUAAACAUGGCUCAGAAAAGGUUAGUAUAAACAUGGCUCAGAAAAGGUUAGUAUAAACAUGGCUCAGAAAAGGUUAGUAUAAACAUGGCUCAGAAAAGGUUAGUAUAAACAUGGCUCAGAAAAGGUUAGUAUAAACAUGGCUCAGAAAAGGUUAGUAUAAACAUGGCUCAGAAAAGGUUAGUAUAAACAUGGCUCAGAAAAGGUUAGUAUAAACAUGGCUCAGAAAAGGUUAGUAUAAACAUGGCUCAGAAAAGGUUAGUAUAAACAUGGCUCAGAAAAGGUUAGUAUAAACAUGGCUCAGAAAAGGUUAGUAUAAACAUGGCUCAGAAAAGGUUAGUAUAAACAUGGCUCAGAAAAGGUUAGUAUAAACAUGGCUCAGAAAAGGUUAGUAUAAACAUGGCUCAGAAAAGGUUAGUAUAAACAUGGCUCAGAAAAGGUUAGUAUAAACAUGGCUCAGAAAAGGUUAGUAUAAACAUGGCUCAGAAAAGGUUAGUAUAAACAUGGCUCAGAAAAGGUUAGUAUAAACAUGGCUCAGAAAAGGUUAGUAUAAACAUGGCUCAGAAAAGGUUAGUAUAAACAUGGCUCAGAAAAGGUUAGUAUAAACAUGGCUCAGAAAAGGUUAGUAUAAACAUGGCUCAGAAAAGGUUAGUAUAAACAUGGCUCAGAAAAGGUUAGUAUAAACAUGGCUCAGAAAAGGUUAGUAUAAACAUGGCUCAGAAAAGGUUAGUAUAAACAUGGCUCAGAAAAGGUUAGUAUAAACAUGGCUCAGAAAAGGUUAGUAUAAACAUGGCUCAGAAAAGGUUAGUAUAAACCUGGCUCAGAAAAGGUUAGUAUAAACAUGGCUCAGAAAAGGUUAGUAUAAACAUGGCUCAGAAAAGGUUAGUAUAAACAUGGCUCAGAAAAGGUUAGUAUAAUCAUGGCUCAGAAAAGGUUAGUAUAAACAUGGCUCAGAAAAGGUUAAUAUAAACCUGGCUCAGAAAAGGUUAGUAUAAACAUGGCUCAGGAAAGGUUAGUAUAAACAUGGCUCAGAAAAGGUUAGUAUAAACAUGGCUCAGAAAAGGUUAGUAUAAACAUGGUUCAGAAAAGGUUAGUAUAAACAUGGCUCAGAAAAGGUUAGUAUAAACAUGGCUUAGAAAAGGUUAGUAUAAACCUGGCUCAGAAAAGGUUAGUAUAAACAUGGCUCAGAAAAGGUUAGUAUAAACAUGGCUCAGAAAAGGUUAAUAUAAACCUGGCUCAGUAAAGGUUAGUAUAAACCUGGCUCAGAAAAGGUUAGUAUAAACCUGGCUCAGAAAAGGUUAGUAUAAACCUGGCUCAGAAAAGGUUAGUAUAAACCUGGCUCAGAAAAGGUUAGUAUAAACAUGGCUCAGAAAAGGUUAGUAUAAACCUGGCUCAGAAAAGGUUAGUAUAAACCUGGCUCAGAAAAGGUUAGUAUAAACCUGGCUCAGAAAAGGUUAGUAUAAACAUGGCUCAGAAAAGGUUAGUAUAAACAUGGCUCAGAAAAGGUUAAUAUAAACAUGGCUCAGAGGUGGCAGCAGAUCUUCUUUUUUCUGUAUUGAGUUGAGAAGGAAAAUUGUUAGAUUUGAGGUUUGCCAUUUUUUUAUGCAGGUAGUUGGUUGGACCAGAGAAUGUGUUAAGCAGUAGUUAGGCUAUUUACACAACCACACAUAUCGUACCAGUGACAUCCAGUGCAAAGCCAGAAUGUGUGACAGGUUGUAUGGAUUUACAAGAAGUAACAUUUUCAUGAACAGUUGUUCGGCUAAAAGAACAAAUUAUUGAAGUGUUUUUUUUUUCAUAAUUAUAUUUCAGAUGUUAGAGGAGAAGUGUAUGUGACAUCAAGUAAAACUGGCAAAGACAUUGGUAAGAGAAACAUUUCUUUACUCUAUGUGAAUAUUUCAGAUGUCAUAUUAGGCCAAUACAUUUGACUUCUUAUGGAGAUAAUCAUUUACAAAGAACUUCAUUAACCACAACUUUUAAUACUUUUAGGAAGAUUAAUGAAAUAGUCAAUUUGUGUUUUCUCAUCUUUUUUUUUUUUUUUUUUUUUUUUUUUUUUUUUUUUUUUUUUUUUUUUUUUUAGAAAAAAUAUUCAUCAACAUAGCUUCAGAUUACAUGGCAUCAAAAGCUGCAGCAGCUCAAAAGGAAGGUAUAUGAUUUUUACAUUGUGAACCAGCAAAACUACACCCCAUUUCUUUAUUACCGGUAUUUCAAAAGAAUACAGUCUUUUAAAAUUAAUAAGUUUUGGAGGUUUAUUCAGACUUCCUGCUAAACCAGUGGUCAUCCGGCCCGCCGACAGUACUUGAAACUGCUUGAUAAAACAUAAAGAACACGUGACGCUGUGAAACAAUUUAAAUUUAAUUAUUAUGUUUAGAAUACUAAGAGAUCUUCACACGUGUGGAGACCUCCAGGCUGCUAUGCGCCUUAAAUUUACCAUUUUCAAUUUUAUAAUUUUGUAUCUAGAUUUUCUUGUUUAUUGAAAAACUGUUUACCCUCGAACUCCUAAAAUCAUAAAAUACAGUAUCUUAAUAGUAAAUAAUAAAAACAUACAGUAUAUAUAAUGAAUACGAUAACUACUUGCAUCGCAGUGCCUAGUGCAAUCGCCUUAACCUGGCGUUUAAAAAAAGUUAACUUCUGAAAGUAGACGACCUAUGUUUAUAUUGUAAUCUGCUGUCACUUUGUUGUAUUAUUAACCUAUUCCCGCUAAUAGAUGAUAGUCUAAUACUACCACAAACGGUAAAUGGUUGAAGAGAAGAGGAGUAUUGGCAAGAUAUGGGGGCAGUGGCGUAGCGAGGGUGUUUGGCGCCCGGGGACAAGAUUCGCGCCUGGGGACAUGAUCCAUUUUUAGCGCCCCUUUUUCUUUUUUUCAACUCUCAAACCCAUUAUUUUCAUCAAUAAAAUAAUAUCAAAGCACAUUUUGGCGCCCCUAACUAGCUGGCGCCCGGGGACAUCUGUCCCCCCCUGCCCCCACCACGCUACUGGCCGCGGUUUGCAGAACAAAAUAAUCAUGUCACAAAAUUACGCCGUACAGCAACGAAUAAAACAAAAGCGAGGAUUGACUAAAAUUGUCACUAAGGUGACAAUGGUAAUACUACAGUUGCCGUGUCUAGAGAGUUAAUUAUGAAAACACACAAGGCAACCAUAUGACCAUCACCACUAUCAUUACGAAAAUGUGGUGUAAAUUGUAAAGAUUUAAAUAUUUUAGACCACUCCCCGUACACAAAAUCUCCCAAAUCAUCACCACCGCCUUCUCCUCUGAGGGCAAACGUAAUAUGUGGUGCAACUUAUGUCUGUGAGCAAACAUUUUAAAAAUGAAGUAAAUGAAGUCAACACAUCGAACGAGAUUGACUGAUGAUCAUUUGAAAGCAAUUCUCUUAAAUGGAUGCAGCAAUUCCAAACCAAACAGUCAUGAUUUCUUGAAAGCCAAAUGUCAGUUUGACAAAUAUCACUAACCAUUUUCACUUUGUGAGAUUCUGAUACUUGCGCACUGGUCCUGAUGAAACUAUCUUAUUGAUAAAGUCGCCUUCUUUGAUAACUUUGACUUAGUUUGUCGUCUGUUUUCUCAGAGCUUUCGUUCUGGCUUGCAUUGAAUGAUUAUACGGCCCACGCUCGUCAUUUUGUCCGUUAUCCGGCCUGCAGGGAAAAAAGUUUGGUGACCCCUGGGCUAAACUAAUUCUGCAAUAUAUAUGCUUAAAUUAUGGUUAGACCAAACACUGACAAUUUUUUUUAGCACACUGACUGUAUUCAACACACAGACUGUACACACUGAUUUUAUUCAACACACUGACUGUAUUCAACCCACUGACUGUAUUCAGCACACUGACUGUAUUCAGCACACUGACUGUAUUCAACACACUGACUGUGUUCAACACACUGACUUUCUUCUAUUUAUUUCAGAUGACGAAGAAAUUGUGAAGCUGAGAAGAUCUUCCAAAAAAUCAAAUUGUCCAGCUUGCAAGAGUUGAUGACUUUAUUCUGGUAAUCAACCCAAAGACAAGAUUGAAAAUAAGAAUCAUAUUAAUGUUUACUAAAGUGGAUCAUAUUAACGCUUACUACAAGAAAAAACUUAUUUAUCAAUCUGACAAUGCAAGGAUCAAGAAUUUGAUCAUGGUAAAAAAUACUCGGAGCAUAUAAAAGAAAGCAGAAACUUAUUUCCCUUUGCACUGGUCGUUGCUAUUAUUUAUCUGUUGACAAGAAGACAUUUUGAAAAAAAUCAUAAUUUAUAUAUUGUAAUUGAGAUGCGUAAGAAAUGUUUUGAGAAUGGGUUAAGUUGUCAUUUUGAAAUUUUAUUUUAGAAUAAAUAAUAACACAUAUUCACAAAUGAUAAUGCUAUCAGGCACUGUCAUUUUGGUUUUUAAAACUACAGGUUUGAUAGGUAGCCAUUGACAAGAAUGCCAAAGACAAAGAAUUAUAUAUCUAAUGACCAUUUUUGCAUACUGUGAGUUGAGAGCUAUAAACUAGACAAUAGAUGGCUUAAUAUAUUUGUCAAAAGUAGAUUCUUGACUAAGAAAUAAUAAUCAUCCAAUAAUGUGCCCUUGGGUCUGAGGUCAUGGUUCAACUAUGAAAUAAGCUACUUGCUAGCCCCGUUUUUUCUGGGUUAGUUGAUGUCACCAGUUGGUCCUCCCAGCUUAAUUUUCACUUUUUUUUUUUUUACUUAAACGUUAAAAAGACCCAUGUUUAAAAGCAUCAUUCAUGUUUAUGUUGUUCACCUUUUACUAAAAGUAUUUAUGUGAUAUUUUAUUUACCUUACAAGUGAAUGUGUUCAUUUUCAUUCGCUUACGGCCUUAAACCCCCAUUUUGCUGUGCAGAAGGAGAAAAAUCAAUGAGAUGUUGUUGUCUUAUUUUGUGUGCGUUGGUUUCAAAGAUUUUUUUUAUAAACCACAGACUACUUUUAGUCACUUAUUAUAUGGCAUCUUUGUUUCAAAUUAAUUUCAAGUAUGCUUCUUAUCCUAAAACUUUUUGAAACCCUUUACAUUACGUUUUCUUGAAAAUGUUACAAUAUUGUUUUAAACAAACCUCUUACAACCUUUUUAUCAUAUUUAAAAGUUGUGUUGCAUUAUAAAAAAAUCGUUACUUCUUUUUUUUUCACGUUUGUGUAUUUCAUUGAUGGCAGAAUAUUUAAUUAAUGGGACCAUUUGCGUAUUGCUAUGUGUGAUCCCUAAUGAAAGAUCUAGACUUGUGUCCUCAACCCUUUGUUGGUGUUCAAUCAGAUUUAAUAUUUAUCAGCUGUGAUUGUAUUACACCCAAACAACAAUGUUUAGAUCACAUUUUUAAAGCUUUGGUUGUUCAUUAAAACACAUGGUUGUACUAGAUGACGUAGCUUGUGCUCAAUUCAUAGCAUUCUGAGUUAUGUGGUUCAAAUUUAGCACAAGACGUUUUAAUUUUGUAACUUACAUAACAGAGACUGUCAUAUCUUUGUGCGUAAAAAAAAAGUAUUGUUUGUUUCUAGAACAAUUUUUUUUUUAAAGGUUAAAACAUCAAACUUUUUAAAAGUUUAUCAUUUAAAACAAUUAAGCAACCUUUCAUAUCAAGUUAUCUGAACCCGCAAAGAAACCAUAAUAUGUUAAUUGAUUUUAUCAGGUCAUAUACUUUUCAUAAGAUUUGCAUAAGGUGACCAUUUUAAUCCAAUUUAAUUUACCAUUUCAGAAAAGUAGUUACAGUAGAUAGGUGAGAUGUGAGGGAAAUAGUAAAAUAAAAAUUUGUUUUUAGAAUGAACAAAAUGUAUCAUUUAAAUUAUUAAAAAUAGUUUUUAUUUGUGAAUCAGAAGAUGUGGAUGGUGAAAAAAAGAAUAGAAAUUAUGAUAUGAAAUGCUUUGAUAUAAGAUGGAUGAAAAACCAUUUCCAUGGUUAACCAUUUUUUACAUUAAGUAACUGUAACAUAAUUUGUACAAAGUGUGGCAGUGUUAAUAUUUUGAUUUGAAUGAUGAAGAUUUGUCCAACAGCUGACUGGUGUGAAUGCUUUUAAUAACUGGCCAGUGAAUAUCUAUUACAAGUGCUACAGAAUUAGUUGAAAUAUUGUAUGGAGGAAGCAAUAGUGCCUUGCUAUAUAAUUAGCUGUUUACAAUAGAUUUUAUUAUUACAGAUGUAUUAAUCUUAUUAGUCAAAUUUUCUUACUACUUUUGUUUGAUUUGUUUUCCUCUUGGAAAUAAUUUCCCUGUUUUAUUUACAUUUUUUUAACAUUUUGGAUAACUCAAAAUAUUUUUUUACAACACAG